UGCGUAGAAGCUGCCCUCUCCCUCCUCCUUUGCCGCCCUUCCUUCCCUCCGCCCGUCCUCCCCUACCCCGCCUUCCUUUCUCUCUCGGGUUUCACUAACUGAGUGCUCCAGGUAGUGAGCAGUUCAAUUUCCCCACUACCCCGCCCCUCUUCCUCCUCUCCUCCCCACCCCUCGCGGCUCCUGCCGGGUGGAGGAUGAAGCGGCUGCAGUGGCCCCAGCCCCAGCCCCAGCAGCGGCACCGACUGUGGCUGCGGUGGGGGUGGCCGGAACUGGGGUGGUGAAGAAGCGGCGGCGGCGGCUGAAGGAGCAGCAGCCGUCUCAGCCGCUUUCCCUGGGCUUCCCUUCCUCUUUACUGAAGCCAGGAAGUUUUCCGCUUCUGUGCAUGUGUGUGCGUGAGUGUGGGUGUGUAAGGUGAGGUUUAGGUGGCGUUUGUGCUGGCAUUGGGUUUUUUGCCCACUUCGCUUCCCGUAUCCCAGGCUGCUCCCGAUCUUGGGCUGUGGCCCGAAGAGGGGGCGCGGCGGCGGACUCUCUCCUUUUGUUGUUGUUUCCUCCGCCUAGGGAGCUGAAGUGGGGACACGUCUGGGUGGGGCGGCUCGGAGCCGGGGCCUACUGGCCCCCGGGGCUCCCGGGCAGGCAGGGUAGGCACGGUAGAGCGGGCUUCAACAUGAUGGCGGCCGAGGCCGGCAGUGAGGAAGGCGGCCCGGUGACUGCCGGAGCAGGAGGCGGUGCGGCAGCGGGCUCCAGCGCCUAUCCGGCAGUGUGUCGGGUGAAGAUACCCGCGGCCUUGCCCGUGGCAGCUGCCCCCUAUCCUGGGCUAGUGGAGGCUGGAGUGGCCGCGACUCUGGGUGGCGGAGCUGCUUUGGGGUCAGGGUUCCUAGGAGCCGGGUCCGUGGCGGGGGUACUCGGGGGAGCUGGACUGACAGGGGGAGGCGCUGCUGCUGGCGUGGCUGGUGCUACUGCUGCCGCCGGACCUGGUGGAGAGAUGGCUCUCACGAAGGGGACCAUUUCAUUGCCUUCUGAGACCCUCGGGCCAGGCGGCGGAUUUCCCCCUCUGCCGCCGCCGCCUCAGCUGCCCAGUUUGGGCGCGGGCCUUGGCACAGUGGACGAAGGUGACUCUCUGGAUGGACCAGAAUACGAGGAGGAAGAGGUGGCCAUACCGCUGACUGCUCCUCCAACUAACCAGUGGUAUCAUGGAAAACUUGAUAGAACUAUAGCAGAAGAACGCCUCAGGCAGGCAGGGAAGUCUGGCAGCUACCUUAUAAGAGAGAGUGAUCGGAGGCCAGGAUCCUUUGUACUUUCAUUUCUUAGCCAGACAAAUGUUGUCAACCAUUUUAGGAUUAUUGCUAUGUGUGGCGAUUACUACAUUGGUGGAAGACGUUUUUCUUCACUGUCAGACCUAAUAGGUUAUUAUAGUCACGUUUCUUGUUUGCUUAAAGGAGAAAAACUACUUUAUCCAGUUGCACCACCAGAGCCAGUAGAAGAUAGAAGGCGUGUGCGAGCCAUUCUGCCUUAUACAAAAGUACCAGACACUGAUGAAAUAAGUUUCUUAAAAGGAGAUAUGUUCAUUGUUCAUAAUGAAUUAGAAGAUGGAUGGAUGUGGGUUACAAAUCUAAGAACGGAUGAACAAGGCCUUAUUGUUGAAGAUCUAGUAGAAGAGGUGGGCCGGGAAGAAGAUCCACAUGAAGGCAAAAUAUGGUUCCAUGGGAAGAUUUCCAAACAAGAAGCUUAUAAUUUACUAAUGACAGUUGGCCAAGUCUGCAGUUUUCUUGUGAGGCCCUCAGAUAAUACUCCUGGUGAUUAUUCACUUUAUUUUCGGACCAAUGAAAAUAUUCAGCGAUUCAAAAUAUGUCCAACACCAAACAAUCAGUUUAUGAUGGGAGGCCGAUAUUAUAACAGCAUUGGGGAUAUCAUAGAUCAUUAUAGAAAAGAACAGAUUGUUGAAGGAUAUUAUCUUAAGGAACCGGUUCCAAUUCAGGAUCAAGAACAAGUACUCAAUGAUACAGUGGAUGGCAAGGAAAUCUAUAAUACAAUACGUCGCAAAACAAAGGAUGCCUUUUAUAAAAAUAUUGUUAAGAAAGGUUAUCUUCUGAAAAAGGGCAAAGGAAAACGUUGGAAAAAUUUAUAUUUUAUCUUAGAGGGCAGUGAUGCCCAACUUAUUUAUUUUGAAAGUGAAAAACGAGCUACAAAACCAAAAGGAUUAAUAGAUCUCAGUGUUUGUUCUGUGUAUGUUGUUCAUGAUAGUCUCUUUGGCAGGCCAAACUGUUUUCAGAUAGUAGUUCAGCACUUCAGUGAAGAACAUUACAUCUUUUACUUUGCAGGAGAAACACCAGAACAAGCAGAGGAUUGGAUGAAAGGUCUGCAGGCAUUUUGCAAUUUACGGAAAAGUAGUCCAGGAACAUGUAAUAAACGUCUUCGUCAGGUCAGCAGCCUUGUUUUACAUAUUGAAGAAGCCCAUAAACUACCAGUAAAACAUUUUACUAAUCCAUAUUGUAAUAUCUACCUGAAUAGCGUCCAAGUAGCAAAAACUCAUGCAAGGGAAGGGCAAAACCCAGUGUGGUCUGAGGAGUUUGUCUUUGAUGAUCUUCCUCCUGACAUCAAUAGAUUUGAAAUCACGCUUAGUAAUAAAACAAAGAAAAGCAAAGAUCCUGAUAUCUUAUUUAUGCGCUGCCAGUUAAGCAGGUUACAGAAAGGACAUGCCACAGACGAAUGGUUUCUGCUCAGCUCCCACAUACCACUAAAAGGUAUUGAACCAGGAUCUCUGCGUGUUCGAGCACGAUAUUCUAUGGAAAAAAUCAUGCCAGAAGAAGAGUACAGUGAAUUUAAAGAGCUUAUACUGCAAAAAGAACUUCAUGUAGUCUAUGCUUUAUCACAUGUAUGUGGACAAGACCGAACACUACUGGCUAGCAUCCUACUAAGGAUUUUCCUUCAUGAAAAGCUUGAAUCAUUGUUGUUAUGUACACUAAAUGACAGAGAAAUAAGCAUGGAAGAUGAAGCCACUACUCUGUUUAGAGCCACAACACUUGCAAGUACCUUGAUGGAGCAAUAUAUGAAAGCCACUGCUACACAAUUUGUUCAUCAUGCUUUGAAAGACUCCAUCUUAAAGAUAAUGGAAAGCAAACAAUCUUGUGAGUUAAGUCCAUCCAAAUUAGAAAAAAAUGAAGAUGUGAACACUAAUUUAGCACACCUAUUGAACAUACUUUCAGAACUUGUAGAGAAAAUAUUCAUGGCUUCAGAAAUACUUCCACCGACACUGAGAUAUAUUUAUGGGUGUUUACAGAAAUCUGUUCAACACAAAUGGCCUACAAAUACCACCAUGAGAACAAGAGUUGUUAGUGGUUUUGUUUUUCUUCGGCUUAUCUGUCCUGCCAUCCUGAAUCCACGGAUGUUUAAUAUCAUCUCAGAUUCUCCAUCUCCGAUUGCUGCAAGAACACUGAUAUUAGUAGCUAAAUCUGUGCAGAAUUUAGCAAAUCUUGUGGAAUUUGGAGCUAAGGAGCCUUAUAUGGAAGGUGUCAAUCCAUUCAUCAAAAGCAACAAACAUCGUAUGAUCAUGUUUUUAGAUGAACUUGGGAAUGUACCUGAACUUCCGGACACUACAGAGCAUUCUAGAACUGACCUGUCACGUGAUUUAGCAGCACUGCAUGAGAUUUGUGUGGCUCAUUCAGAUGAACUGAGAACACUCAGUAAUGAGCGAGGUGCACAGCAGCAUGUACUGAAAAAGCUUCUGGCUAUAACAGAACUGCUUCAACAAAAACAAAACCAGUAUACAAAAACCAAUGAUGUCAGGUAGCAGCCUUUGCCUCGGUGAUCUGCAUGGAUUCAGCAUGCCCAACAUGGGGCAGUUCAAACUUUAGCACCAGAGCAAGGCCCAGGGAGAAGAUGAAACUUCAGUCAGUAUUUUUGCUAAUGGUCUCUUUUGAAAAGGGUUCCAUUUAUUCAUUCCAUAUGUAUUUUUUUUUUAGCAACAUCUCCUUCCUUUCCAUUACUGGACAGGGGAGAUAAGACAUAUGAACUAUUGUUAGUAAACAGUUUUGAGUGAGACAGGAUCCAAGCAAGGUAUGAAGACCACCAGUUCACAUAGUAAUGAAAAGUUUUCUAAAGGCCUAGAUUUCAAGAGCAACACUUGAAUCUACACCUGAUAUGUAUGAGUGAAAAUGAUGAUUUGUAAUCAAGGGUUUAUUUUUCUUUACAGUGCAAGGAACAGAACCUAAGGCUUUGUGCAUGCUAAGUAGGCAGUGUUCUACCACUGAACUAUGCCCCCAGUCCCAAGAUUUAAAAUAUGGAUACUUAGUAUCAUUUUUCAGCAAUUAUCAAGGCAAUUAUUUCUACAGAGUCAGUUAGCUUUAUGGUAACCGAUGAUACCAAAAAAUACAUCCUGUACUCCUUUUCCUUGAUAUCAAUGCGUUUCAUUCUCUCCUUUGUUAUUUCUUUAUUCUAUCACUUCUUUCCUCUUUUCCAUUUCUUCUGUUUUUUUGGCUAGAGUUCCACAGUUGGUCUAUUUUCUGUAGGUUUACAGGAUAGAAGACUAAGAGAUAAGGACUAGUGAUAUCUCCUAACAUGUUUUAACAGGAAAAAAGGUCUGCACUCCAGUUCAAGGGAUUGUAAUUCCCUCCCAGUAGACAUACCUCAGUCUAUAGCCAUACAAAUUUAUCUGCCAUUCUGUAGUCUGAAAUGCUUCUCCCUUUUCUGCCACUUACUAAAAACAGAAACCUGAAAGACUUAAGAGACUCCCUUAAAUUGGAAUGGGAAACUUUUUACUUACCUUUGUAGACCCUAUAGUAACUAGGUGAUCAAUGUUAUAAAAUCUCUCAAACGUUAAUUUUUUUUAAUGGGGCUGGGUAGGAAAUUUUCAGAGAUAAAUGUGGACCUUGCUCUGAUGCCAAGGUUUAUUGAUCUGAAAGGAAAGGAAGACAUAAAUUGUGAACACCUUGGAAUUCUAUUUUGUGUCUAGCAUAGUACCAUUUAACCUGAACUAUAUUGGAGAACCAUAAGCUUUGGCUUCUAGUUUUUGUCAAGUCCCAUUUUGUCAAUUUUAUUCCAUUCAUUCCAGAAUAAGAAAGAAACAAAACAAAAAACAAACCCAAAAUCUCAAGCCUAAAAUAUAAAGAAUUAUUAGAGAUGGAUACGCACAUAAUAAAUACUUCUGUCAUAUACCAAGACAAAAGUAAACUGCUACCUAUCUUCAUAGACAGUGCAGCCUGGGAUGCGCCAAGUCUGAAGUGUGUGUGUUCACACAAUUGAAUUAGAUUCAGGGCAGUUGAGUAUUAGCAUAUGCAGACACUGCUUAAUCCUAUGAGGAGUGGACAUUAUCUUCCUGUUUUCAACUUGGAAAAUUGGUACACAGAGGUUUAGUAACUUAAAAGGUCAUAUGGCAAAGAAGAGACAGCCCUGAUAAAUACCAAAAUAAUUUGAUGCCAUAUUCUUCAAAACUACUAAUAACUGUAACACCUAUUUGUCUGGAUUCAUAUAAGGUACUAUAGUAGAUUAUAAGUAAAUUCUUAUCUAGACAGCUACUCAAGAAUGCAUAUUGGAUUUUUUAAAAAUAUAUUUGGAAAUGUUUUCUGAUAACUAAUUAAGGACAAAAAAAAAUUCACUACCUAGGAUGACUGCUUUUCAUUACCAAGUAAUAGUUGCAGUAUGUUGUGCAAUUCAGUAGUUAUGCACAAAUAAGUGUAUCAGGCUAGCAUUUACAAAAGUUUCCAGAUGGCAAAACACACUCCUUAGCACUUUUAAAGGUGACCACUAAGUUUGGAUUUUUGCAAGACCUUUUUUCAACUUAUCACAUUUUGUUUAAAACAAUAAACACAUUACAGUUUUAAUUUGAUACUAGUUGUGGUGGGGAGGCAUGAUUGUUCAAAUUAAUUCCUUCCAUUUUGGCUUUUAUAAAGACAUUUUUUAUAUAAAGCAACUUCACAAAAGGAAAAUAACAAAUAAAAAAGUUUAAUAUAUUUUUGAUAUUUUCACAUUAUACUUUUUGAAUAAAGUGCCACAUACGCUUCCUACUUCUGCUACUUUCGCUAGCACUGACAAUAUUGACUUCAAAUGGUUAGAGAGAAUCUACUAGGUCGUCAUCAGUCCAUUCUUCCUAAGAAGGAAAAAACAGAAAAGAAAACCUGUUAAGGAUAAGAUGUUGAAACAAAAUCAGUGUAUUUUACCUCCUUUCCUCUCCUUAGGAAAAUAUUCUUUUUCCUAUGCUUAUAGAAGAUAAAACAGGAAAGUUCAUCAUAAUCUUAAUAGUAAUACUGGCAUGAUCUCACCAGAGCACUCUAAUCAGGAGUAAAGCUUAUACUUGUGACCUUUUGCCUCUGAUUUUUCAUUUUAUCUCUGGCUUGCCAAUUUUAAAGAAAAGAGACAAGGGAAGAAUUCUUGGAGAAUAAGAAACAAAGCAAAAACUUAGCAUGUGUUUGUAUCCCUGCUGCCUUCUAGGAACAUAGGAAGGAUUCUUCAUCAAAUAACUAUUACAUGCUUCAGAACAGGCUAAGGCAAGCAAGAAAAAUCCCUAUGUAAUGGACAGUAUACAGAAAGAAGUAUGCAAAAAAUGAAGACUUGGAAAACCUAAAUCUCCAUCAUAAUCCAGAACAAUAAAUCUCAACUAUAUGUCAUACCAGAAUGUAUGAGUUAAAGUUCAUUUUGUAGUAAACAUACCUCUUCAUGUUUGGAUUUCUUUGAUACAUAAUCAUCAUCUUCAUAACCUUUCCUCUUCUUUCUGUAAUUAGGCAAUUAUCAAUAAGCAAUCUGGUAUUGGAAACAGAAACUAAAAAAUAUAAACUGGCAAUAAACUAACAAGGGUAAUCUGAAAUUUUAUGUAAUAAAGAACAGGGCCUGGAUAAGUGGAAAGAAAAAGAAUUAUGGAAAGACAUUACUUUUCAAAUCAAUGUUUAAAUUGAAUGCAGUUCUAAUUAGUUUUUUUUUUUUUUUUUUUUUCUUGGAACAUGUCACUCUACCACUGACAAAGGAAAGAUUAUGGGAAGAGAAUCUGAAAAAGAAUAAUAUUAUCUUAGUUAUCAUAAAAAGAAACUAAAAACUAAGGUAAUUAAAAGCAUAUUAUUAACAACUAUACAUCAAUGAUCAAAGAAGGUAGGAAAUGACUAUAUACAUAGGAAUUUAAUCUGUCAAAGAAUAGUUCAAUUAAAUGGGAAAAACAAAUAUUCAAAAGCAAUCAGGGAGAAAAAUAUUUGGAAAAAAUUUACCAAAUUCAUAAUCAAUUCCAAGUGGUUUUACAAGCAGAACAAAGAGAAAAAUACUAAAGACAUUUGGAUAUACAAUUAUAAAGCAAAAGAAAUCAUAUAUGAAAAAGUGAGAACAAACAAUAAAAUAGUUGAAUCACAUAUAAAAAGAUGAGCAUACAGAACUUAUAUAAAGCAUUAUAAAAACACCAGAAAAGUGGGAAAGGUCAUAAGUAACCAAUAUGGAAGAAAUAUAAAUGUUAAACAUGGAAAUAUUAAUGCCUCAUUGUAACCAGGGAAGUUCAAAUUAAAAUACAAAUGUGAAGGUUUUUUUCACCCACACUGGCAAAGAUUAAUAUAAGUGUUGUACAAUAUGCAUGACAACAUACAAAGGGAAAACAGAUAUACUUAUUUCAGACACAGACAGACACACACACACACACACACACACCCUGAUAAAAGUUGGCAACAAAUAAUAAGUUACUUCUGAGAUCCUGAGAUUUGGGUUUUGGUCAAAGGGACCUUUGAUUUAACCCAUGUUGACUGACUGACAAUAUAGUUCUUGUGUAAUGAAAAAAAAAUAAAAUAAUUUUAAAGGUCAAAGAACAAAUAUUUUGUCUUAAAGUAGUACUACUCAUAGUGUGGUUCUUGAACUGUUUCCAGUUUGCAGUGAGAUCAGUAGUAUAGAAAUUGUGUAUUUAGAAACUUUCAUAUCAAUUUAACAGAACAAUUUUGACUGUUCAUAAUAAAAUUUAAACUUA